AUGUAGAUUAAGAUGUAAAAAUAUAUAGAGCUUUAGGUAAAAAUUAAAUUGCUUUAUUCAAUAGUACAUAUGCAGCUACUAUUUAUGAUAGCAAUAGUGCAUUUACUACUGUAGAUUAUAAUCUUGGCAAUUUAAUCUCUUAUAAGCCAAAUUUAAUAAAAAAAUUUUUAGUAUUUUAAUAAAAUUCUAAUUUAGUGUUGUUUAAUGUGCAGACAAAGUAACUUUAGUACUUGUAUACUAUUUAAUAGGUAGGCGAAGAUCAAGUCAUUAAUUAGAACUUAGUAAUUAUUGAAAAAGAUAUCUAUGUUUUAAUUUAGACAGAAACUAAUUAAUUUUUAUUAUUAAACAAAAAUAAUCAAACAAUGA